CAAGUGAAGAUAAUAAUGGUAUUGGUGAUCUUCAUUUAUGGAUGAAACUAAAUGGAAAUGAUAUACCUAAUUCAAAUACAAUUCAAUCAAUAAAUAAAGAUACUGGUGUAUUAAUUUGUCAAUCUGCUGUUGAAAUUAAAGUUGGUGAUAAACUUCAAAUGGCUUAUUCGACUGAUGUUGCACAAGGUAAAAUUGGUUUAGUUGCUACUCAUCCUCAUAAUGAACCAUUAGUACCCAGUAUUAUUAUGAGUAUUUGGAAAUCAAGUUACGCAGAAGAUAAUUAUGAUUGA